AUGGCCUCCAUAGUCAAGAAUGUCGUUCACUGGGGCUCCAGCCAUCGAACGUCCAGUCCACCCGUCCAGCUCGAUCUCUGCGAGGUAAGCAGCCAGCAGAUAAUUCCUGUACCGAGAAGCACUCAAGUCCGUUCCAAGAUAUGCGGGAAGAAGCCGAAAUUCGUCGACAAGGGUUUCAAGCAUCCAUAUUGCAGCAGGAGCUGCGCGAGAAAUGGACAAGGUCCGAGUCCAACAGGAUGUGUGCUUCAUGGAUGUCGUGCGACGGGCAAACCUGCCUUUUCUAACUUCUGCUCAGAGUCACACGCGAAAGAAGGCGUACGUUUGGGGCAGGUAGAAGGUUGUCAAAAAUGCGCCAUCCAGCCUCGAACCGUUGGUCCGUUAUGCAUUCCUUGCGAUCGUCGAGAGAGUGUGGGGCCUCGGCUGCGAGAGCUGAAUGCUGAUGGAUCAACGUUCAAAAGUUUGCGAGCCCAAUUUUUGAGCGAGUGGGAAUCAUCUGAGGGAUCUCCGUCUUUUGCGAAAGCAUACGAAAUUAUCCUCCCCCGCGACGUCCGUAUCCGACACGACCAGUAUCGUUCGAGCAAUCCCAAAUUCGAAGAAGUGCGGAGUUUUCAUAGCUCGCAAUGCAUAUGCGAUCUGGGUUUCAAGGAUUCCGCGCUGUGUAGCUUCAAAUCGUGUGGUAUCUGUUGUCCAAUCAAAUCUUCCUUCAAGUCGUUCGCUUUCGGAGCGCCCGCCAACAAGGGGAGAUUUGGAGACGGAAUAUAUUCCUACCGGAAUCCAGCACUUGCCGAUCGCUUCGCAACAUCUUGCACCUCAUCUCCCUAUCGCGUCGUGAUCGCAUGCGAUGCUACUGUCGAGCCAAUGUUGGAUGAGAUCGCUGAUGAAGAAUCCUUGUUCGUUCCAAGCGCAGACGCCAUUCUCCCCGUCUUCGUGAUCAUGUAUACCAGAUGA